AUGAGCGAUGUGCAGUGUUUCGAUGUUUGCAGUGUUGUGAGAACGAAGUCGAGGUUGCUUGUGCCACGUCGAGAAGACAUUCGGUUCUCCGAGACUUGUCUCAUCGACUCUCUGCGCGCCUUGGGCGUUCGCAUCCCGUACGAGCGCAACGGGCCUUUUUGGGCCUUACGGGAUGGCGGCGAAUUCCUGAAGCCGCAGAAGCGUGGCUUGGUCGCAGACCCCGCAGUGCCAGGUGAUACAUGGGCGCCCGGUAAGUACGUGGUCUUUGUGGAAGCUUUGUCGCAUUUCUACGGCGUGGAAGUAUUCGCGGAUGGGGAAGCUCUGAUGUACACCUCUUGCAGGCGACACGAAGGGCAGACAGUGGAUCCGGAACGCUUGAGCAUGGUGCGUGUGGAUGCAAGGUACAGAGUCGUACAGGACGAUGAAGGUGCUGACGACUCGGACGAGGACUCCGUCAGAACGCUGUCUUCCUAUGAAGACUUCGCGGAAAGAAGGUUCUUGGAGCCACUUGCGUGGAGCACGUAUCAGAUUGAGACAGCCACAUGGUUUCUUGCCUUUUCGAGAUUGGACGGCUCAGCACUACGUGCAGGGCCUCUGAACACGCAACAAGCUGCCGCGUGGUUUCUGCAUGUGCACGCGCAGGGCGCGCGGCCAGGUUGUCUGCAAGAAGCUUUCGCUGCGUUGCCGUGGCAGGUGCGGGCGGCAGUGCUGGAAUCUCCGGUGACCAGGAGCGUCUGUCCACUGCCGCAGCAUGCAGUUUUGCACAUGCAAGGCGUUCUGGCACGUGCCGGGUGUGAGCUAUCGUCGAACAUUUUCUGCUGUUCUCGGACAGUCAGCAGCCUUUACGGCUUUGUGUGGCCAAAGGCUUCCUUGAAAGAAGGUCUUCUUCGGCUGGGUCACGAUGUUCGCGUUCAGUACCAGCGCGUGCAGACUCCAGCAGCUUUCAACACUCAGAGCUACGCCUGCGGCAUCGUGCUGGCCAGUUGGCUGCCCGCGCAGGCGUGGCAGAAAGGCCAGAGCUGCACGCGUGGCGAUGUGGAAAUUGCUGAUUGCUAUCUGGUAGGCCACUGGGACGGGCAACAGUGGCAGCCCCCAAAGCAAGAGGAGAAUUAUCUCUGGUCAGAGGAAAACAAGGGCAAGCACUGCAUGGAGGACAGUCGCACCGUGACGUACAAAGAUGCUUACGCUUGGGUUCUCCAGAACGCCAGGAAGUACCAGGAGCCCGUACCGUUCCAGCGGCCACUAGGCUGCGUAACAUGGGUGACACUGGCACGGUCAACGUCGGCCAAGAACCGAGGUGCCGCUGGUGAAGGCAGCCGACGGACCAAGACGGGCAAGAAAGGAUUCGUUGGCGUACUUCAGGCAACCGUUGCACUGCCAGAGCAAGCGCAAGAGUGGCUGGGUCGGAAAUGUUCCGUGGUGGAAACCUUGGCAGAUGGUGCUUGUGGGCUGCACGCGACUUUCGGCGAAACCAGCGAAGCCGGCGUGUUGGUGUGCAACAAUGCCCGCGAGCUAGCUUUGCACGCGCUGGAGGGAGCAUUCAACUCGGAGGACGCAGAAGCCAUGCGCAUCAAAAGUACACUUUGGCAAGAAAUGGCAUGUCGUGGCAUGCGAGAAGAGCAGGCGUACCCAGAAGCGAAGACGUUCUGGUGCACCUUUGCUGAGAAAUUUCCGGAUGCUGUGCUCGAGGCCAAGCAGGCAGCGGCUGCAGAGGCGGACUUGUCUGUGCAGCUAAGUGCGUGCCGUGACUCCCUGACCAGAGCUUGCAGAGCUUUCUUCUUGCAGGCGUCUCCCAACCUGUUGCAUGACUUUUGCCGUGGCAUCACUUAUACAGCAGAGGGCCAGGAGCCUUGUUUCCAGAUGCAGGGCGGACGCUGCAUCGUGAAGGGCACCCAAAUGGAGCUGCCUGCGGACGGUCCGCGUACAAAACUGGAGGCAAUCCGAAGUGAGUCACAAGUUUUCGAUGCGCUGCGAGUCGCGGCACUACUAUCUGCAGAUGAAGAUGUCGUGGUGUCCGUCCUGGAGCAUUUGUCGCAAGAAGACGAAAAUGCAGCAAGCGUGGCCCUGGCGCUGCAAGAGCUUCGGUGUGCUGCAGCAAGAACGUCGACGGAGCCAAGCGAUUUCAAGCGGCACGCAGUGGCAGCUUACCUGGCCGCAAUCCAAAAGAGCGCGUAUUAUUUCAGCGUCGAAGAGCUCAAGGUGAUCU